AUGACCAUGAGCUGUGGAGAUACCACUGCGCACCCUGAGGUUGACCGAAUCCUCAGUCUGUUCCAAGUGAGCAAGAAGCAGCUACAUCUGGUGAUGCACAGGCUGAGGGAGGAAAUGGAGAGAGGCCUGAGCAGAAACACUUACCAGGAGGCAUCGGUCCGCAUGUUACCCACCUUCAUACGCUCACUGCCUGCUGGUAAAGUAAAUGGCAGCUUCCUGGCCUUGGACCUUGGUGGCACUAAUUUUCGAGUCUUACUGGUGAGGUUUGGUUCUGCGUGUGAAGAUGCUGAGCACAUGGUGUCUGAGAGUUACAGAAUCCCCCACAAACUGAUGCAGGCUUCGGGACAGCAGCUCUUUGAUUACAUUGUGGACUGUAUCAUAAAGUUCCUGUCAAGCCAAAACAUCAAGGAGCCUCCUCCUCUGGGAUUCACUUUCUCCUUCCCCUACCAACAGACUGGCCUAGAUCAGGGGAUCCUGCUAAACUGGACCAAGGGAUUCAAUAUUCCAGACUGUAUAGGAAAGGAUGUCGUACAGAUGUUGCGAGCUGCUAUUCAACGUCGGCAGGAAUUCGACCUGGACGUAGUUGUCAUUAUAAAUGAUACUGUUGGGACACUGAUGUCAUGUGCUUAUGAGGAUCCAAAGUGUGAAAUUGGUCUCAUUGUAGGGACUGGCACCAACGUGUGCUACAUGGAGCAGAUGAGGAACAUUGACAAAUUGGAUGGUGAUGAUGGACUCAUGUGCAUAAAUGCAGAAUGGGGAGCAUUUGGAGACAGUGUGAGGAGACCACUUCAGGACAUUAUGAAUGAAUUUGACGAGCUGGCAGAUAAACGGUCUCAGCAUCCGGGAAAGCAGAGCUUUGAGAAGAUGAUCAGUGGGUUGCUCCUGGGUACGAUUGUUCAAAAUAUUCUGUUGAAGCUCAAGGAGAAAGGAGUUAUCUUCUCAGGAAUCAAACAACAUCGACUCGAUCAUCACGGUCUCUUUGAAACAAAGUACCUGUCAGUGAUAGAAAGUGAUACUGAUGACCUGCUGAAUGUGAAAUCCAUUCUGGAAAAGUUUGAUCUAUCCUCUGGGAUUGAGGACCGCCGUUUGGUGCAGAAAAUUUGUGAGGCAGUCACGCAGAGAGCAGCUCGGCUGUGUGCGGCUGGGCUCGCUACUGUGCUUGAGAAAAUGAGGGAAGCCCAGCAACAGGAUCACAUGAUGACCGUCGGGGUGGAGGGGUCCUUGUACAGACUACAUCCUCAUUUUUCCAGGAUUCUUGAGGACACAGUGAAGGAUUUGGCUCCACAGUGUCAAGUGACUUUCCGACAUUCAAAAGAUGGCUCAGGGAGGGGGGCAGCUGUAGUUGCUGCCAUGAACAGGUGCUAA